AUGGCUCUCGUCACUUCAAAUUCGAGACGAGGCCCAAGCGAAGACCCUACGCAGGCUCUCAUGCGCGCAUUAGCGGAUUUCAAACAGAGCCUGACAGAUGAAGAAAAACAACAGUACCGGGCUCAUGAGGCAAACCCGGGCGCUUCGAGCAUCAUUGAAUUCAUGAGAGUGGUUGAUGAAAGUAAGCCUCAGACGAAUAUGAGGUGUUUGGGAUCUCGACUAUGCACAUUCCUGGACAAGACACAACAGUUUGCUACUAUCGUCGAAACCUUCGUCAGCUCCAAUCCCGUGAUCGCUGCCCUUGUAUGGGGAAGUGUAAAAUUCGCCAUUUUAUCGGCAAACAACGCGGCAUCUUACUUCGAAAAAGUCACUGGCUUGAUUAUGUCAAUAGGCAAGCUUUGCCCCAGUUAUGAGAAAUUUGGUCAACUUUAUCCUGGUUGCACUGAGCUACAAACCGAGCUGUGUGGUUUUUACUCUAUUAUCAUUCGCAUGUGCAUGAAAAUUGUCGAGGUCUCUCGAAGACAGACAGUCACGCAGAUGAUCUCAUCACUGUUUAGUCCUUUCGAGAGCGACUUUGGCCACUUUCUUGCACUUUUGCAAAAAUCGGAGAAAGACAUCGAGCGCGAGAUACAGUUUGCAUCUCAGAAAUCCAACCAGGACGCGAUCAAGUUGCAAGCGUACGAUAGAAAGUUGCAAGAGUACGAUAGAAAAAGAAACGCAAGAUUUCGUGUCGACUUUCAAAGAGCGACCAGGAGGCAAGAAGAUCAAGCAAACGAUUUGCGGGUUGCCAAAUUGGCGAGAGACUCGGCAAGACUGCGAUCUCUAAUUCGAAAGAACCUCUCUACAAUCGAUCACUUGAAGCCGUGGAAACAGGUCAACAAACAACGGGUUUCGGGGACAGCGGAGUGGCUAUGCAAAGACGAGGCCUUCGUGAAAUGGAAAAACAGCUCCCGGAAUGCAGUCUUUUGGUGCUCAGGCAAAAUAGGUGUCGGGAAGACUGUACUUUCCGCAAAUGUGAUUUCCAAACUACACGAGUCAUCCAAAGCCAAUAGAAUAAUCUCCCAUCACUUCUGCUGCACCGACAACAAAGCCACCUUAUCAGCAAGAAAUAUCAUGGGGAGUUUGGCCUGUCAAUUGCUGGACAGUCAAAUUAACAGCUAUCAACUCGGUGAUCUUCAAUCUUUACAUGAUAAAACGCAGGACCUCGACACCGAGGAGGUGACCGAGCUAUUGUUGUCUUGCUUGGAAGACGGCAAAGCCUUCUUUAUUGUCAUAGAUGGGCUAGACGAGUGUGAGGAAAAGGAGUGCCGUGAAGUCAUCGCAAACCUAAUGCGCCUUCGUCAGUUCGAUACUAGCUCUGUGAAACUAUUUUUCGCAAGCCGACCCGAUAUCGAAGCCCAGCUGUUUGGCGUGGCGGAGCCAGAAUACAGAAUCACGGUGACCAAAGAAAGGGCUAAACCAGACAUGGAUGCUUAUAUCGACGCAAUGCUGAGUCAAUUUUUGGAAGAAGGGAAGCUCAAACUGAGAGAUGGAACACUCAUCGUUACAAUAUCUCAAGCGUUACGGGAUGGAUCGGAUGGAAUUGUCACUGAUUGUCCUCAAAUAAUAAGGAUUCUCUGGACUCGACUCUUUAUGGAAGAGCUGUGCGCACAGGGGAGUGACCGAGCGAUAUUAGAAGCCUUAACCCAACUGCCGCGGGGUCUUGCUGAGCUUUAUAAUCAAAGGCUCCGUCGUGUAAUGGGCAAACGGAAUGGAGGACAAGCAAAUUCCCUGCUGCGCUUCUGUGCUUUCUUGAGGCGACCGCUGACGCGUCCGGAGUAUGAAGACCUUCUUGGCAUCAAACCAGAGCAAGAAUCUCAUGACCCUGGCAAUUGUCCCAAUGAUAUGACUCAAGUGAUCAGCGACUGCUGUGGGCUAGUUUUCGUGGAAGAAGAAGAUAGCACAGUUCACUAUGUUCACCAUAGUGUGGGAGAACAUAUUUUGUCAAUUGACGGGUCUUGUUCUGCCAUGUUUGAUAUGGCAGACGUGGAUCAGUAUCUUGGCAAUCUUUGCCUGACAUAUCUUGAUUUCACUGACUUCAAAAUGCCAUUAGCAAACGCACGACAAGGCUUCAGUACUCCUAUUCAACCUCUGCAAUUUGGGGUUUUACCUCUUCCUAGCACGGGUAGACGGGUCGCCUUGGAAAUAUUAUCUCGUGGUCGAAACCUGCAAUAUUUGCGCUCCGCAGAGGUCGAAAGCAAAACCAGAAUUAGCAUUGAGGACAAAAAUUCACCAGUAUCAGAGCACGAUCGACACAGAGCGUACCCUUUUCUUCUCUAUGCACAGACAUACUGGAUUGAACAUCUGCAAGAAUUGAAUGUCCCGACCGAUAGCAAGAUUUGGCGGUUAUUCUGUGAAUGCGUCGAAGGGCGCAAUAUUACAGUAAAGAGACCAUGGUAUGAGAACCAGGAAGCCCACGACCAGUCUGCCCAACGAAGAACGGUUUGGUUAUCAAAAAACCGACAUCGCGCCUUGCUCUGGUACUAUGGCAUGUCUCAACCCAGUACUGAGCUUGACUCGGUGGACACCGACAUCAUCAAGGAAAUUAUACACCGACUUGAUCAUGGCUGUGGCUUGAGUGAUGAAUUGCCAAGAAGUCCGCUAUGGAGGUGGGAUGAACAUUGUGGGCCUCUAUACUGCAUCAUGGUUGGUGCUGCGUGGGCAGGGUGUCAGGAGUGCAUUGACAAUCUGAUUGGAAAAGACUGGAGUGAUCAUCAAAUUCUGUCAUUAUCUGCAGACUAUCACUCUAAUCGAACAGUUCUUCAAGCAGCAGCUGGAGGUGGGUACCUUGAAGUUGUGAAUAGAUUGAUAAAGGCAAAAGCGGAUAUCCAUGAAGCCCCGGCAAAGAAGUAUGGUCGAACAGCUCUCCAGGCAGCAGCUGAAGGUGGACACCUUCAAGUUGUGAAUAUAUUAUUACAGCAAAAUGCAGAUGUCAAUGCGGCCCCAGCAAAGGAGUAUGGCCGAACAGCUCUCCAAGCAGCAGCUGGAGGUGGGUACCUUGAAGUUGUGAAUAGAUUGAUAAAGGCAAAAGCGGAUAUCCAUGAAGCCCCGGCAAAGAAGUAUGGUCGAACAGCUCUCCAAGCAGCAGCUGAAGGGGGGCACCUUCAAGUUGUGAAUAUAUUAUUACAGCAAAAUGCAGAUGUCAAUGCGGCCCUAGCAAAAGGGUAUGGCCGAACAGCUCUCCAAGCAGCAGCUGGAGGGGGGCACCUUCAAGUUGUGAACAGAUUGAUACAGGAAAACACAGAUAUCAAUACAGACCCAACAGGAUACAAUGGUCGAACAGCUCUCCAGGCAGCAGCUGAGGGAGGGCACCUUGAAGUGGUGAAUCGAUUGAUACAGGAAAACGUGUAUAUGAAUGCAGCCCCGGCAGAAUACCGUGGUCGAACAGCUCUCCAGGCAGCAGCUGAGGGAGGGCACCUUAAAGUGGUGAAUCGAUUGAUACAGGAAAAUGCGGAUGUCAAUGCAGCCGCGGCAGAUUACUAUGGUCGAACAGCUCUCCAAGCGGCGGCUGAAGGGGGGCACCUUGAAGUUGUGGGUACAUUAUUACAGGCAAAAGCCAAAAGGACUGCAACCGCGUCAGGAUCUCAUGACCAAGAUGCUCUCCAAGCCGUAUCGAAGGCCGCGUAUCAUGAAGUUCUGGAUAAAUUCGGUGGUGAAGACCUAAGAAUCAAAUCCGCUUUAGCUUUCAUUUUGAGCCGUGCGAAUACCUCCGUCGAUGAAAUUUGA